AUGAGCGAUCUCCCGCCGGCGCCGGCGAUGGGGGGCGAGCGGGACAUCGAGCUGGGCCUUCCCACCACCAACACCACAUCAGGCUACACGCUUCAGCACAUUCUCGAAGACAUCCGCCAGUUUUCGACGCUGCUGGGCAGCACGCCCAAGAUGCUUCACAAGCUCAAGGAAGCCAACAAGGAGUUGAAAUCGGCCGCUGAAUCUGCUGCAGUCAAAGAAAUCAAGGGGCGCAUGGAGAAAGACAUGGACGAGGCGGUGAAGAUGGCACGGAUCAUGAAAGAGAAGCUAAGCAGAAUCUUCCAAGGCGUGCUGGUUCCAGUUCUGAACAAUAUGUCAACUGGUCAUGCAUAUCCAGGGCUCACGGUUCCUGUCACCCUGGACCCGUCAACACUGUCCAUGAUCACGGCACUGAAGAUAAAGCUUAAGGAAAGAAAGAAAGAUCUUAAGAAUCUGGGAAAAGCUAUGCAGGAAGAGUACAUAGAAGUGGUUCAGAGCAGGAUUUUCACAGUCACCGGAGUAAAGCUCUCUGAUAAGGUGAUUCGCGUGAUCGACACCAACAGCAUCACGCAGAUGUUUGAGCACAGAGUUCAUGGAAUAGGUCCAGAGCAGGCCGGCGCCAUAGGGGAGGAAAUCAAGGAGCGGCGCGGUGCCGCCAUGGAUCUCGGCAAGAAGGCUGUUGAGGUGCGAAAGAAUUUCAGGGAGAUGCUGGCGCUUGUCAAAGCGCAAGAGAAGAUAGUCAAGGCACUGAGUCAGGUCCGUCAGAGUGCUGCGGUCCGUGCACGAUCUAUUGCGGAGGAGCUGGCCCGUGCGCGAUCUAGGGCCGAGGAGCUGCGCCAGAAGAUGGAGGAGACAAAGCUGCUCAUCGUACUGUUUGUGAUCUUCUUGUUGUUGUUCAUCGUCGCGGUUACUCUCGGAAUCUCCGGCUGA